GCUCAGUGAUAAUCCCUGUGUGGCUCCUUCCUCUGGUGGAGUGAAGAUGUAUCAGAGUGUGUGUGUGCCGGCGGCGCUGCUGACUCUCCUGGUGCUGGCGCUGGUGGUGCCCCACGGCCAGGCCUGUCCCAGGAGCUGUAACUGCUACCAGGCCAGCGAAGUGCACUGUACCUUCCGCUCCCUGCUCACCAUACCUUCUGGCCUGCCUCUGCACACACGCCGCAUCAACUUAGGCUUCAACAGCAUCAGCAGGAUCCAGGACUCGUCUCUGGCUGGGCUGAAGAAGGCCGAGCUGCUGAUGCUCCACAGCAACGACCUCCACCACCUCCCAGAUGAAGCGUUCAGAGAUAUGAAAUCAUUACAGAUACUUAAGCUGAGUUAUAACAAGCUGAGAGAGAUCUCUUCUUCCCUGACCUUCUCUGGCCUGACCUCGCUGCUGCGUCUGUACUUGGAUCACAACCUCCUGCAGCACAUCCACCCCCGGGCCCUGCUCCAGCUGCCCAGCCUCAGGCUGCUGCGUCUGCAGGGGAACAGGCUGCAUCAGCUGCACCCUCACACUCUGUGCACUCUGUCCCUCCUCAAUACAUAUUACUUCUCUACUCUCAGACACCUGGACCUGUCCAACAACAGUCUGACCUCUCUGAGCAGAGAGACCUUUGCCACAGCUCCUCUGCUGGAGACUCUGGUGCUGCAGGCUAAUCCGUGGAGCUGUGACUGCAGAAUGAACUGGUUUCUCCCUUGGAGUUUGGCUCACCCAGGCUUAAUGAAAUGUCCCGGCGGCCCUCAGUGUCCAAUCUGCACCUCGCCCGACUCCCUUCAAGGUGAAGGCCUGCUUGGCCAGACUGACCUGUCGUGCACCUCGCCUGUCAUCCUCUCCCCAGGAAGAGAAACACCUUCGGAGGUAGAACUCAGUGAAAUCCAAUCAAGUGAAUCCUUCAGGGAGCCUUUAGGCACAGCUUCUCUGGGUCUGUCUGACCAACAGGGGAACAAUGUCGACCUGGUUUGCAACAUCACUCACUCUUCUGACUCUUCGGAUAUUGCACCUCCUCCUGAUCUCUCCCUUUCCUCCUCUUCACCUCUCCCGCUUGCUCUGUCACUCUCCCUGGACUGCCCUGUGGAGAGACAAAGCUAUGAGACACUGUGGAGGAUCUUAGCUUACUACAGUGAGACUGCUGUUCGGCUGGAGAGGGAGAUCAUGCUGAGCAAAGCCCCGACAUUGGCCUACCGCUACAGGCAGGCAGCAGAGACAGAUGGAUAUUAUCACACUGGAGUCAAAGCUUCUGUUAAAGCCAGACCACAGUGGUUGCUACAGUCAGCCAUUAGCAUUCAGCUCAACAGAGCGCAGUCUAACGGACACAAAGUUCAAUUGAUAUAUUCAACAAGAGUCUCUGCUCAUCCGGACCCUGCUUCACAAACCCCAACAUCCUCCCCAUGGGUGCUGAUUUCAACUAAUCACACCACCACAGCACUGGUGGCAGUAGCAGGAAGUAAGGUGGAGCUACCAUGCCCUGUUUUAGGUUAUGGUAACCCUAAAAUACAAUGGAUUCUCCCAGAUGGAUCCAAGAUAAUCCCCCAUUCCAGCAGCCUAGACGGUAGGCUCCGGGCUUCAACUUCAAGUUUGCUAUUGAACAAACUGCGGCUCUCAGACAGAGGGGUCUACUACUGUGUAGCCCGGGUUGGUCGGGAUGUAGAUGUUCUCCCCGUGCGUCUGGCAGUGGAGGAGUCUUCUGUUCCACCUUCAGGAGAGCAAGUGGGUUCUCCUGUCACUGGAGUCGUUGGAGAGCCGGUCAGUUUGUCCUGCAAGGCGUCAGGUUCACCAGCACCUCAUAUGAGUUGGGUGUUACCAGAUGGAAACAUAGUUCGGAAGGGGUUAGCUGUGUCUGGUGGGCUCACCAUACAAUCAAAUGGGAGUCUGUCUCUGCCUAACCCGUCUCGGAGGGAUGCUGGACAUUACCGCUGCGUUACGAUCAACCAGUACGGUAGUGACUCUCUGUCAAUGCAGCUGGAAUUUAACGCGCAACACCCCCCUCUACUUAGGACUUCAUAUCCAACAGGGCCACAGUCAGCCGCUGGCCGGUCAACCCAGAUACGAGCUCCAUUACUCAUAGAGGAAGGAUCAGGGGAUGAAGAGGAAGAACAGAAAACUGUUGUUGGCACUAGAAGGCGUCCAAGACCUCUACAACCUCCCCCAAGCAGACGUUAUCCAACCGGACAACGUAGACGUGUACCAAUAAGAGAAGGCUCCCCGAGAAGAGGAGGAAGGCCCAUAUCAUCCACGGACCAGAGAAGAAACCGCUUUGAGAACAGACGUAGAGUGACCACAAACAAACAAAGGAUAGACCCCAAGAAAUGGGCGGACCUCCUGGCUAAGAUACGACAAAAGACUGUUCACACUAAUGACAGCCAGCCCAUCGCAGCAGGAAAGUCUACAGCUGAACCGCUGGAAGGAGACAAUAGUGGGGACACAGGAAGGCAUGAGGGAGAUGAUGAUACAAAGACAGGUGGAGCUGAGGAAGCAGAAACUGAAGGGUCGUCAGUUGAUGACGUUGAUCUACAAGAGGAAGGCCUUCAGCGCAUUCUCCCCGAGACAAAUAAAGACACUGAAACAGACACAGAGAUAAAAACAGAGAAGUCAACAGAAACACAAAUAGAUAUAGAGAACGAGACAGAGACAGACACAGACACAGAGAAACCAUCUUCAGAGACGGUGACAACCCCAGUGACACAGAAAGAACCAGUCACAUCCAAGUCAGUUUUGGGAACAAAUGAAAUUGUCCCAGAACAAGGUGGAGGAGACGAACCAGAAGCCAACACCAGUACAUCUACCAUCAGGCCUCAGAACCCCCGGCAGGGACUUUUCCCUAAUUUGGUCCCAAACUCUCGACCUCAAAGCCCUUGGAACCCUCGCAGGAGGAUCGGACAGCGGAGACGAAUCGUCAACAGGCCCAGGGGGCGACCUUUGACCCCACCCCGACCUCUCCCUGACCCUACAAACCCAAGGCCACAGACUGCGACACCUGACACUACCACAGAUCACAUGAAGACGUUGCUGCUGACAUCCACAACAGCAUCUACAGCUAUUUUAUUAACAAGGAGUGACCAUAUUGGGACUGCUUCAAAUAAUGAGCCGAAUUCUCCCUUCCCCCCUGCUUCUAACACCCCUAGUAUCUCCACUUCAAAACCUGCCUCCCCCUCAUUGACUCCCUCUACUCCCUCUCUCACCUCAUUAUCCCCCUCGCACACAAAGACACAUAUAGACAUUGUGACUCACUCAGCCAACAUCCCAGACAGUGCAGAGUCCACUUUCUCUAACACACCGACACCAGCGCCCACUCGCUCGGAUACUGCAAUCGCAGCAACACAUGCGCCACACACGCGCGCCAGGACACAAACACAUGGCAUACAGACACACACACAAACACACACAGCCUCAGGCAAACAUGUUGAUAGACCCUCGAGCAAACUCAGUGAAGAGCAGGAGAGGAAUUUGUCGGGUGCACCAUAUGUGUCCCAAUCCUCCACCUCUCUCUCGCCCACUCCUUCCUCCAUUGUUUCCUCCAGUGCAGCUACAACUGCUACUGCAAAAAUCACAACAACUCCUUCUACUACUCUCAAGAGCAUAUCCACUAGUUCUGCUGGAAGAACUACAAGUUUAUUUACUACUACAGCUGGUGAGGACAAACUCGCCACAAGUACUCCCAUGACUACAAGUCCAACUAUAUCUCCUACAACUACGAUUAUUAUCCCAACAUCUAGCACUACCAGAAGUACUACAACUACUACCUCUACUACUACUACUACUACAACCCCUGUUCUUACAUCUACUACUCCUAUUACCACUACUACUCCCUCAACUACCCCAUCCACUACUUCUACCACAACUGCUAUUCUUACAUCUACUACUCCAACUACUACAACCCCUUCUACUACGACCACUACUGCUGCUACUAGUACUACAAUCUCAUUUAAAGCUAUUCCCACAACUCUGCCUUCUACUACUGCCACAACUACUAAAACUACUACUUCUACUACUAGUACUAGAAUUGCCAUCUCAGCCAAAACUUAUCCAACUACAACAAGGGCAGCUACACCCAGUACCACUUCUAGUACUACUACAACAAUGACUUCAACAAGUACCAGAGCACCAUCCAGAGAGAGGCCGGGCGUUGUCCAUGUUGAUCCCAGAGGGAGGUCUGUAACUGGGGGUCAGAACCAGAGUCGACCCCCUACUGAUUGGAAGAACCCUGGAACUAACUCGAUUCCUGAUUCACACAGCAGCCGGCCACGCUGGCCCCCCUCUUCUUCACUCCCUGCAGCCCCUGGGGCCCCAGUAGUGAGAUCCAGACCUAGGAUUGCAGACCCACACAUCAGGACGUUGUCUCUCCCAGCGGAGAGCACUGCCAGGCUGGCUUGUGAAGCUCAAGGAGAGCCGAAACCGUCCAUUACGUGGACCAAGGUCGCCACAGGAGCAGUGAUGUCAAUCCACUCCAGGGCUCAGCGUUUUGAGGUCUUGCCAAAUGGCACCCUUAUUAUCCAGAAUGUUCAGCUGCAGGACAGGGGCACAUACAUCUGCAGUGCACAGAGCUUUCUGGGUCGUGACAGAUUGCUAACCACACUGGAAGUGUGGACCCGCCCCCCUCGGAUGCAGCUGGCGAGCUACAGAGAAGUCACCAUCCAUCAAGGUGGAGAGGUGCGGUUGGAGUGCCAGGCGGACGGCGUUCCCAGCCCUCUGCUCUCCUGGGUUCUUCCUGAUCGUUCUGUCCUGACCUCAACCGCCUCCUCCAGUAGUCGCAUCAACAUGGACGCCAAUGGAACCCUCCAUAUCUCCGUCACGUUACCCAGUGACAGAGGAGUGUAUCGCUGCGUGGCCUCCAACUUGGCAGGUGCUGCCAGUGCCUCAGCUCGUGUACACGUGUCCUCCCUGCCCCCGGUAAUACAGCAACCCAGAGAGGAGCACCUGCUCUUGUCUCUGGGGAGGCCUGUUUAUGCUCACUGCUCUGCCCGAGGAGCCCCGCCACCAACUCUGCGCUGGCGAAUCCCAGAUGGGACUCUAGUUCGCCCAUCCCAGUUUCUACACGGCAACCUUUUCGUCUUGCCCAAUGGGACGCUGCACAUUCGAGGAGUCGGGCCUAAGGACUCGGGGAAUUACGAGUGCACUGCGAGUAAUGCUGUUGGAGCUGAUAAGAGGACAGUGAGGGUAGAAAUUGAAGGAGAAAAGAGCCAAGGAGGAGCGAGAAAUGAAGGUGCAAAAGCAGUUGAAAAAACAAAUCCUUCAUCUUCACUUCAUAAAGACAGAACUUUGUCCAUCCCUAACCACCCCUCGCAUCCAUCCAACCCUGCUAGACUCUCCCCUCCAUCGCCCUUUGAUAAAGCCAGGACCUUGCCACUCAGCCCCGGCUCCUCUGGCUCAUCUUUUCACCUUCAACAACCCAAUUCCACUCCGAAAAUCAAUACACCAGUCACUGCCUCCCCCACACUCUUGACCAACAUCAACAAAACUAAACUUUCCUCGCUCUCCCCACCCUCCACAGUUCUUACAAACAACACCAAAGUCUCAGCCAGCCUUGUUAACAACACAAGAGUUACUCCUUCUUCUCCCUCAGACAAAAGCAGACCCUCAGUCUCUGUGCAUCCCUUGCCCAUCUCCCCCUUCACUAAAGCUAUAAUUGUCUCUACGUCUCCCUCCAUCACCGCUGCUCAAUAUGGAGCCGGUCUGCAGCUUCACUGCACUGUAACUGGCAACCCAUCACCCAUCAUCAUUUGGAGGACGCCCAACAGGAAGCUGGUGGACAUGCACUUCAGUUUUGACCGACGUCUCAAGGUGCACCCUAACGGCACCCUCUCAGUCCAGGCGGUGACGGAGAAGGAUGCCGGAGACUACCUCUGUAUCGCCCGCAACAAGGUCUCAGAUGAUUAUCGCCUGCUGCGUGUCUCCGUGGCGACCAAGCCUGCCAAGAUCGAGCCUAAGCAGCCUCUCAAUCAGAUGGUGUCAUUUGGCAAACCUCUGAAGGUGGACUGCCAGGCUUCAGGACUACCUGACCCAGCUGUCCGCUGGAGCCUACCAGAUGGAACCAUGGUGAACAGCGUGUUGCAGGGGGAGGAGAGAGGAGGGCGAGCACGCAGGCUAACUGUGUUUGACAAUGGGACGUUACUGGUUCCAACUGUGGGUAUGGGAGAAGAGGGAGAGUACACGUGUUACGCUGAGAAUCAGGGAGGUCAAGACACCAUGAAGGUCAAAGUAAAAGUCAUGAUGACGUCUCCGCCGACCUUCCCUGAUGACAGAAGCGUCGUCAAAGUGCGUCAGGGUGCCACGGCAACCAUCCGCUGCCAGGCGUCAGGAGUCCCUGCCCCGACCGUGACCUGGUUUUCUCCAACACACCGUGUCAUCCCACGCAGUUUCGGCUCUGGUCUUUAUUCUGAGCGGGUCGUGGUGGUUUCAGACGGAACUCUGGAGGUUCGUCUGGCUCAAAAGAUCGACACGGGAAACUACACGUGCCGGGCGAGCAACUCAGCCGGGGAGAGGAGCAUGGUGGUGGGCCUGGAGGUGCAGGCUCCUGAUUAUGGACUCACAGCCCAGGUGGGAGGAAGAGGGUGGAGCACUGGGACUGGGACUGGGACUGGUUUUAACAGUAGAUUAGGGGGCAGCGUUAACACUGCAGGGACAAACCAGUAUGGAGGCACAAGCAAGCUUGGGAGUGAUAACAGCAGCAAUAAUGGCUACAGUGAUAAUAACGGCAGGAUAAGAAACAUUGUACCGAACACUGGCAGCAACGUAGCAACCAGUGGCUUUAAUCCUGCCCUGAGGAGUGACAGUCGAGAUGGAUCGAACAGGCCUGUCAGUGGAAUCACAACACAACAUGGUAGCAGCGUAAUCAGUGUCGGGGUGAGUGCGGCAAGGAAUAUAGGCUUUAAAGCAGAUAACAUUGGAAUAAAUCGAAACGGCCCUGGCGUUUUGAGUAACAGUAAUAGUGUGAGCAGCACAGUCGGCGUAGAAAGGAACCCUGGGACUAAUAAUAAUGAAGUCAUUGCAGGGAAAGCUGGUAAUGAUGCCAACACCAGUAGAGACAAUGGCAGGAUAAGUGGUACUUCCAGAACUGUUGGAGUUUUUAGCAGCAGUGUGUCUAAUAAUAAUGGAGCUGGUGCUGGCACACUUAGAGGAAAUCCUUUUAGUAGUAGCAGUAGUGGUGUAGCUGCUGCUAAAAACUCUACUAACACAGUCGUGGGUGUGGUAACGACAGUGAAGCAGAGGGCGGUGAAAGGCCAAACUGUUCUUUUGCCGUGCCCCUCCCAAGGCUCCCCUCCCCCCCGUCUGGCCUGGCUCCUGCCCGGUAACGGCGUGCUGCCGGCUCCGUACUACGGCAGCCGGCUCACCGUGUACCGCAACGGCUCCUUGGAGCUGCGAGGGGUGCGGACCAGUGAUAGUGGGACUUUGGUAUGUGUAGUUAGAGGUGAAAGAGGAGAACAGAGGAGGAUACAUGUGGAGCUGCAGGUCUCUGACACACAGGAGGAGGCCAGACCUCCACACUGGGGACCGGCUGUGGAAAGACCAGUGCAGGAAAGUGUCGCUUCAAUAGAGUCGCCGCGCCCAGGAGCCUCGUUGGAUUCAGCUCGGUCGUUAAGCCCAAAGCCAGUGUUGCCUGAGAAGCUUCAUCCAAGAAUCGCAGCUACUCAAAAGCCUGUACACAGAGCGCCGUCUGUCCCCGCUGCACCUCGUCCAGUUGGCCCUCCACCUCGCUCCACUAGCCCCGUGUCGGAGCCAGCAGUGAGUACCAGAACAGCUCCCUUGUUGAGCAUCAUUAACGGAGAGACCCUUCGUCUGCCUUGUCGCCAUGGAUACGCCCAGGGCUCUCUCUCCUGGACCAUGCCCAGCGGCAAGGUCCUGUCCCGGGGCGAGAGCAGCGACUCGGGCCGAUAUGUAGUCCAAGAGGACGGGACUCUGACGGUGCAACAGGCCUCCGUGUUCGAACGUGGCACGUACACCUGCAGGUCCACCAGCGGAGACUCCUCCUCCGUUUCAAUCAUCACCGUUCCCGUUAUCGUCAUCGCCUACCCGCCACGCAUCACGGCAGGCCCCGCCCCCGUGACCUACACGCGACCCGGGGUUGCCGUGGAGCUGCCGUGCCUGACCAUAGCAACGCCCCGGGCGACGGUCACCUGGGAAACACCAGACCUGACGCAGCUGAGGGCGGCUGGUCAGGCUCGUAUUUAUGGCAACCGCUACCUUAGUCCUCAGGGCUCCUUGGUGAUACAGAACCCGACAGGUAGAGAUACGGGAUUUUACAAGUGCACCGCCAAAAAUGUAAUAGGAGUGGACAUCAAGUCGACCUACCUGCAUGUUAUAUAACGGGGUGCAGCAAACAACAUGCAGCGGAAACACAGAGACGCCACCAGUCUGAUUUACUGGUGAAUGAACUCCUCUGACACCGUUUGUGUCCAACACGCCCAAAGGAACUGCAAGGCUCCGUGCAGGAGAUACUGUUGAAUCUCAGAAAAAGACUAUACACACGUAUAUGUCUCAUCUAUGUAUUUUUAAUGUAUUUUCAAUACUGUAUUUUUUAUAUCAGGAGUUAACAGAGUAAGAGAUUCUCUGCAGAUACAGAGACAAACACUAAUCUGUGUUUAAGGAGGGAUGUUUUAUGUAGCUGGCGGUGCACCGUUAACCUGUUGUGCCUUGUUUUUUUUUGUCUGUCUCAGCGGUCUGAAACCCAUUUUGAAGUAAUGACCGAAGUCAAAUAAAAUGCACCACAUAUUUAAAUGCCCGUAUUUGUACCUGUGGACUGGUUCAGUGGGAAAACAGAGUAAGUGUUAAGUGUAAGCUUGUGUUAACAUUUAGCUCCAGGUAAUAUGGACAACAAUGUAAAUCUCACUCCAAAAAACAGCUUUCUGGGUUUUACCAUGAAGAGGGAUUAUGUUUCAUUCUUCCAUUUUUUUUUUAAAGGCCCUUCUCCAAAAAACAACCCCAUAUGUCGUUUGUACGGCAGCUCAUUGUGACCGAAAGUUAUUGAUAAGAGUAAUUAUGAUGAAGGC